GCCGCGCGGGCGGAGCGGCCCCGCCCGGAGCCUGGAAGCGGUGGCGCCGGCGCGGGGGAGGGGAGACCGGAUGUGAGUGGAGCGGCCAUUUCCUGUUUCUCUGCAGUUUUCCUCAGCUUUGGGUGGUGGCCGCUGCUGGGCUUCGGCUUCCAGUCCGCGGAGGGCGAGGCGGCGUGGACAGCGGCCCCGGCAUCCGGCACCCAGCCGCCAGCAGCCGCGCGCCCGCUCGCUGCGCCCCGAGCCCGCCGCUUCCCGCCUCACUGCCCGGCCGCCGCCGCCGCGGCCCAGCGAGCGGCCCAGAUGCAGGCCAUCAAGUGUGUGGUGGUCGGAGACGGAGCUGUAGGUAAAACUUGCCUACUGAUCAGUUAUACAACCAAUGCAUUUCCUGGAGAAUAUAUCCCUACUGUCUUUGACAAUUAUUCUGCCAAUGUUAUGGUAGAUGGAAAACCGGUGAAUCUGGGCUUAUGGGAUACGGCUGGACAAGAAGAUUAUGACAGAUUACGCCCCCUAUCCUAUCCACAGACAGAUGUAUUCUUAAUUUGCUUUUCCCUUGUGAGUCCUGCAUCAUUUGAAAAUGUCCGAGCAAAGUGGUAUCCUGAAGUGCGACACCAUUGUCCCAACACUCCCAUCAUCCUUGUGGGAACCAAACUUGAUCUUAGGGAUGAUAAGGACACGAUUGAGAAACUGAAGGAGAAGAAGCUGACUCCCAUCACCUAUCCGCAGGGUUUAGCCAUGGCUAAAGAGAUCGGUGCUGUAAAAUACCUGGAGUGCUCGGCUCUCACACAGCGAGGCCUCAAGACAGUGUUUGACGAAGCUAUCCGAGCAGUUCUCUGCCCACCACCUGUCAAGAAGAGGAAGAGAAAAUGCCUGCUGUUGUAAAUGUCCAAGCCCCUAGUUCUUGGUCCUGUCCCUUGGAACCUUUGUAUGCUUUGCUCAAAAAAUGUUGGAGCCUUUGCACUCAAUGCCAAGUUUUUGUUACAGAUUAAUUUUUCCAUAAAACCAUUUUGAACCAAUCAGUAAUUUUAAAGUUUUGUUUGUUCUAAAUGUAAGAGUUCAGACUCACAUUCUAUUAAAAUUUAGCCCUAAAAUGACAAGCCUUCUUAAAGCCUUAUUUUUCAAAAGCCCCUGUUCUUGUUCAGAUUAAGAGUUGCCAAAAUACCUUCUGAACUAAGUUGCAUUGUUGUGCUAUGAACACUAAGCACUAAACUGUUUAAAGACCUUUGUCUUUAAGAAGACUGUAGCUUCUGAAGUUAGGAGAUGCAGGUACUUUUCUAAGUAGUUUUCAGAUAUGUAAAGCAUAUCAGCCUCUUUAAUGAAUCGUUGCCAUUUAAUGCAUCAAUAAUUUACCUGCCCAUGUUCGUUACAUAACAUUGUACUGUAUAUCAUAAUGGAAUGAGUAUAACAACUCAGCUCUUUGGAUCAGUCUUUUGGAUUUCAUAGUGAAUUUUUUUUUUAAAAAAAUGAGUUGAUCCGCUUUUGCUGAGAUUUUGAACAGAACUCUUAUUCAUGUGUUUCCUCUAACGAAGUAUUCUGCUCUUAGUCAUGGGUGCGCUGGGGUGGAAUGUGUGAAACACUUAAUGUGAUCAAAGGAUGAAGACAGUAUUUUGACAAAACAUGAAGUGGAGAUUCAUUUACACUACAUUGUACAAGGAAUAAUCAAACUGAAUAUAAGUAUCACAGGUACAAAUUUUAAAAGGUUAAUUUCUUUUAAAUGCAGAUGAGGAAGAAAGGUCGGUAUUAUCAGUAAGUGUUUUCUUAAGCUUUUCCUUUCUCUUACACCUGCCAUCCCUCCCAAAAUUGGGCAUUUAAUUCAUCUUCGAACUGGUCAUUCCCUUAGUUGCUAACUUAGUGUUUUUCUAUAGAACCCCUUUUUAAUGAGCAAUAUGCCUCCUUGUAUUAUAAAAUCUUUCUGAUAAUGCAUUAGUUUUUUUGUAGAUUAGUAAAAGUGCUUUCCUGUUUUCAUCUUACUUUAUUCAGAGCUAAUAAGCGCUUUCCUUAGUUUUCUAGUAACUAGGUGUAAAAAUCAUGUGUUGCAGCUUCACAGUUUUAAAAAUAUUUUAGAUAUUCUUAAACUAUGAACCUUCCUAACGUCACUGUCUUGCCAGAUUACCAACACUGUCACUUGACUGAGACUGCCCCUCUGUACCUCACCCACACAGACACAUGCUCCCUUCGUUGCUUUGCCUAACAAUGUUCCUUGGGUCUAUGAGGUUCUGUAAACUGUGCUAGUGCUAACAAUGUUCUGUACAACUUAACUCACUGGCAAGAAUACAAUGUCGGACCUUUCAACCACUAGAACAAAAUUUUUUAAAUUGACAGUUGCAGAAUUGUGGAGUGUUUUUACAUUGAUCUUUUGCUAAUGCAAUUAGCAGUAUGUUUUGCAUGUAUGACUUAAUAAAUCCUUGAAUCACA